AUGAAUUGUGUGUUUAUUGAAACAUGUGAAUCAACAAUGGAUGAAGCAAAAAGAAUUUGGGAAAAUGAAAAACAUGAAAAUGGUUGUAUUGUUUAUACUCAUAAUCAGACUAAAGGAAGAGGAAGAGAAAAUAGAGUAUGGCAAAGUGAUCAACAUGAUAUUUUAUUUACUUUUAUGUUUCAAACUCAAACUGAAGAAGAAUUAAGAAGAAGUGGAGUAGUUUCAUUACUUUCUUUAUGUUCUAUAUUAAAAGAAAAAUAUGGAAUUCAAGUAUUUGGAAAAUGGCCAAAUGAUGGAUAUGUUAACAAUAAAAAAUUAUUUGGAAUAUUAAUUGAAGCAGAAUGGAAAAAUAAUAAUUUUUUAGUUAACAUUGGAAUUGGAAUUAAUUUUUAUAAGAAGGAUCUUGACUGUUCUAUUAGUCUUAGUGAAAUUGGAGAUGUUUCUAAAAUAAAUGAAGUUGAAGUAAUGAUGUCAUUUAGAGACAAAUUCUUUGAAUUAAUUAGUCAAAGUUAUUCUGUUUUAUUAAACCAGUUUAAAUCUAUUGAUUUCUUAAAUGGCAAAAAAGUUACUUUGAGACUUGUUUCUGAUAAUUCUUCAUUAGAUAAUAAAGAAUAUAAGGGAAUAGUUGUUGGCUAUACAACAGAUUGGAAGAUAUUAAUUCAGACUGACAAUGGAAUUGAAGAAUUUGAUAGAGAAGAAAUUGUUCUUUAA